CGCAUGCUCUACGCUGACGCCGCACUGAACGCCAAAGGAGGUGUCCGGUUUGGCAUGCGACAUAUUCGUAAGGAGGAGCUGCCUGUCGUCAUUCAGGUACAGCUGCUGAUCGUGCCUAGACGUCCUGAAUCGCUUCCCGGAUGUGAACAAUGCACAGCAGACUACUCAUAUUAUGCGCUACAUCUUCCCUCGUCAAUUUGGCUUACACAACGUCUUUACCUCCAAGAUCGACCGCCGGGAAACCGCCAUGCCCUUCACAGAUUACACCCUGCGGGAGAAAGAAAUCAAUCAAUCGCUCGCUCGUGAAGCCCAGGGCAAGGAGAUAGACGACGAAAUGAUCUUGAAGCGGAAAUCUAGACUGCCAGCAAGGCUAAGAGGGGAGCCCUUCGGUUUGGUUGCACGAAUGCGCAAGCUCAACAAGAAAUGCUCAUAUGUAGAGCUGCUCCGGCACUACUGCCCAGUCGAGGUAUGUUCAUAAUAGACCCGCAUACGUCA